GUCGCCACACUCCAUGACAGGUCAUAACAGUAAGCCCUUGUGAACAUGGUACUUCUCUAGUGCCAGACUCUGCUGCUGCCACCAUGUCUUGUUUGGGCAGUCAUCUCUCUCAGCACACUUGAGGCCAUCACAGCAGGCGAGCUACAAGUCCUACAGACUGGACGAUGGGGAAUAUGAUGCGAGCUGCGAGUGCCAGAGACAAGGUCAACACGGACAACCAUGACAGCUCUCAAAAGGGUUUGGAAGACGACAUUGUGGUGGUGCUUCAGGACUACCCGUCUCGUGAAAUCAGCGAGCCCAUUUACAGGAUGGGGGAGAAGCUCAGAGUUAUCGCUCAGGAGGCUUACUGGUGGAGAGUCCGCUCUAUUCAAACAGGAAAUGAGAACUACAUACCUAACAGCCAUGUGGCCAAAGUGUACCAUGGGUGGCUGUUUGAGGGGGUGGAGAGGCAGAAGGCCGAGGAGCUGCUCUUACUACCUGUGAACAGAGUGGGCUCCUUCCUGGUGCGGGAGAGCAGCAGGGAGAGAGGUCUGUAUUCGCUCUCAGUGAAGCACAGGAUCAUAAAGCACUAUCGUAUCUUCAGACUGGACAACAGCUGGUACUACAUCUCUCCUCGCCUCACUUUCCAGUGCCUUGAAGAUAUGAUCAACCACUACUCUGACUUUGCAGAUGGCCUGUGUUGUGCAUUAACCACCCCCUGUCUGUCAGGCACACCGCCGCCACCAGAUGUAAAUCCUGGAGCACCACCUGUUGUCAUGCGACACAACUUUGACUGGAGGAAAGUAGACAGGAGACAGCUGGUCAGCACAGCGUUGGAAAGUGACAACAUGGUGAGCUAUGGCGUCAGGAACAGCAUGGCCGCCUACCUGUCCUUUUCUGAAGACGCUGCACACAUGGGAGCAGAGAGCAGGAAGAAGAAGAGUAAAUCUGUUUAUGGUUUCCCUGAAAGACGCCUCACAAACUUUGACUUAGAUGAUGACUUCUAGAGACAGUAGUGAGGUUUAAAAGACUGGAAUACCUUCAAGUGGAGGGCAGUAGAGGGCAUCCUUCUCUGAAAUCCACCACAUUUCUGAUGUCGGCAGUGGGCUGCACUGAACCGGCAAUUGUGUUAAAUAUACAAAACAAACAACGAAGUGUGUUAUAGUUUCUAAUGUGAGCACUUUGAAGUACUUUAACAAUAACGCAAAUUGCAUGACCACGUUGACUCAACUGAUAAGAUGAGACAGGACUAUAUGGAGAUGAACUGGACAAUGGUGCAAUUGAAUUGUGGUGUGUAUUCUGCACAUGAGCUGGAAAAAUGAACAACCAGGCAUUAUGAUAGUAUAAAGGAAGACUUGAAUGCUAUGGGUAUUGUUGGGUAAUAUAUGUUUAUUAAUGAUUUUCAAACUAUUUUCCUUUGUUCUUAAUAAAUGUUGUAUGUUAAAAUUGUUAUUUUUACCUCAUUAAGUUGCUAUGGAAACGUGUUAGCAAACAGUGGCAAAUCCAGCAGAUACGGAGCAACAUCAGCAAUAAUUUGAAGUCGUGUUUGUGUCUACCUUUUAAGUCCAAACUCUCCUUUAAGCUCUGUUUUGCUCUCUACCAACUCAUAAGGGAAAUAUCUGUCUCUUUAACCGCUUAAUGCUCCACUUUGUUUACCAGCAAGUUGCAAACUUUCUGUGGUUUUAUCAGAGCCUUUUCAUUAAAAACAGCUGCCUGCUGUUAUGCAGAACAGUAAAGUUGUAAAAAAUUGGAUUAAAGAUGCUAAAAUGCUUCAUAGAGCUAACAGGAACUGCAGAGUUGGGGGAUAGGUGAUAGUCAUUUCAUCCAUUGUUAAUAUAGAAAUGUUGAUCAGAGCCGCUUUCAGUAUUAAAUAUUUGGGGUUGAGGAAGUAGAAGACGUAAUCAUUUCGAAAAUGAUACACUUCAUUGAUGGAUACACAGAUAAUUCACUAAGAUAAGACUGUACAGAAACAAGCCACUGUGACAAUUCUGUAAUCUUUAUUUAUAUUAUACAUAUAUUUGAGUACUGAAGCCAAGAUUAUCAUUUGUGCACAAUGGCUGUAUUGUCCAUUCAGGUACUUGGGUAAAUACAGUGCUACAAGAUCUCUGAAAUAUGAAUAAAAGGUCAUGAUCUAGUAUUGUUCACUC